UGAAACCGCAGCGUCGCGACGAAAGCUAUUCAAGAACAAGGCGGCCGGGGCAAAAUGAAGAAGUACUUCCACUUUAAGCUCUCCCCUUCCAAGCAGAAGUACGCGGCCGAAAAGGAAGCACUCCAGAGCGCCCUCGAGGACAUCGAGAACAAGAAGCAUCGACUCUUUCAGGAGAGGAUUUACAAUGAUGGCCUCAAUCACAACUUCGACGAUGAGCUCUCCUUGACAGACUCCACGACAGCUUUUAGCAUAGGCCAAGCUGACGAUAAGUUUCGCUAUCGUCAGCUCAAGACCAGGCCGUUGACGUCAAACUCAAAGCCCUCAACUCUUUCUUUUCCACGACCAAGCACUGUGAACGACUCAAACGUCAUGAAAAGCGAAAAGGACACUGUUGCUACUGAAUUCUACGCUUCUAAGUCGUCCAUACCGUCUGCGAUUGCCAGUGAAACCUUUGAAGAUGUGACGAAUUCUCGGACAAGUGCAUUCGACUCUCUCAAGCGCCGUGUCCCCGACACAAUCGAAUGGCUUGAGAAGGAUAUUAUGCUGCACGAUGACAAACUCGGUUACAUUCGGCUUGGAAUAAUUGAAGUGUACAGGGGAAGUACCUUAAGCGAGACACGAAAGAUCAUCACCCAAUUCGUUCAAACCUCCCCCAAGAACUACACUUUUUGCCACUGCGACGACGAGUCGGAGAUUGAAGGCCUGCGAGAGAGCACAACUCUCGUGUCGGAAUUGUACGAAGGACCUAUCCGCAUUAAAUCCAACACUGUGGCUAAGGCGAAAGAAGACAAGUUGAAACGGCUCUUGGUGAAGGACCGUCAGCAAGCCGCCUUCCAGCAAUUUGUUGGCCGCCAGCAUCAAGAACCCAAGCACGCGGUUGCACCCCAACGUGUUGCCGAAGUGAAGGCUACAUCGUCACCAAUAUUAGGUCACAUUCCACGGCAUGUUGUCGAAGGACCUUCACAUUUCUCUCCUCCGCACAAGCGCACAAUCUAUGAAAUUGAGACUAAGAUUAGUGGCCACGAUUGCAAGAUCAAGUUUCAAUUUUAUCCCAAGCAAGAGCGCAUCGUCAUUCGUGCGAAAGCGAUCCAUGAUGAGACCCUGUCGACUACGACCACAAUGGAGGAAGUCGAAUUCCGCAAGCUGAUCGGAGCGACGGAAGAUGUUGCAUUGCUUGAAUUCACUAUAAACGAUGGCAACGCAAAAGCCGUUGUUGAGACAUUAAAGCUAGAGCGUCCAAUCACCCAUGAGUCGGAGGACAACUUCAUAGGGCGAUUGAAAAAGUUCGUGCGUGUGCCAAACAUGAAGUUUCGGCGACCCAAGGAGCAUGAAAAGGUUGAAGUGCCAGUCGUCAGCACAUCGGAGAAUAGAGUUGACAUCGUGGCGCCAAAACAAAACAAGGCGGAGCGCAUGCAGAUACUAAAUUCAGUUCCAACAACCGUGAAAGGAGCCAAGGCGACGGUGUCAGUUUUGUCCUCUCAUCUGGUUGAUUCGUCCACGCCAGUUGUGGCAAAGAUUGAGUCUGAGUUGAAAAGGAAACGGGCGUUAGCUUCCCAUUACAACGACAAGGAAGGAGAAACACACGAUAACUCCCCUAAAAUCGCAAAACAACUACGUCAACCUCACGCGCUAAAGGAGGCUACGUUCCAAGUGCACAAAAGGAGAAAAGUGGGGACUCUCAACAACGAAGCGUCGACUCUAGAGAUCCCUGCGCUGAUCGUUCAAUCCGCAGACAACGAUCAUCGACGCCUCCGAGAAAGCUUGGAAAUUGCCGCCAAGAAAGCAAGCCAUGUCGCCCAAGACGAAGACGAAGAUUCACCUCCCCCAACAAAUCAAAUGCAUGAAGCCGUGACGAAGUUGAAAGAUUUGAGUAGUGUCGACAAUGCGAUGAAGAAGCUACGAGCAUUCGUUCACAGCGGUGCUGCUAUCCACAUGUAUCACCUUGAAAACCGAAAAGAUGAAAUCGACAAGUUGUAUGCACCGCGGUCGAAAUCUGUCUCGAUUGCACGACAUUGCAUUGUGGUGGCGUUUCUCAAGUAUAUCCGCGAGUCCACGUUGCCACUAGUACCCCACCCGUAUGAGUACGGCAUCGACAUGUUCGAUGCAGCGAACUCGUCAUUCCACGAGCUCUUGCUUGCUGUGGACGAGGAAUUGAGUGUUUGUGAUUCUGGCAAGUUGCGCGACAUUCAACACGACAUUCGAAAGUGCAUAUUGGACGACGUUGGUGCACUUGUCAGCUUGAUCGACAAGAAGGGUGGUGUUACCGAAGCCGAGUUGGAGACGAUCGGUCAACUCGAAGCCAAGUUGGCGAUUGUAUGCCAUAUAUCUCAGUGGUUUCGUCCGACUCAAAUUCGUUCCACGAUCUUCGAAGGCACGUUCCCAGCUCUCACGAAGCGCGAGACGAUGGAAAUAUACAAGCUUACGUUCGUCCCGGCCAAGGAAAAGCCGUUCUUGCCACAGUUCAUCAAGAACCAGGCCAAUCUAGAGACCGAAUUCAAGGAUUUGUUGGAGCUGCUGUACAUUUUGAUAUUUUCUUUCUACAACAGCUCGAGGUCGACCGACAAAAAGCUGCGAUAUUUUACUUUACUUGCGCCAACCCAAGCUGAACGGGUGCAGACCGUGCUCCAAGCGAUCGAAGAGCGACAAGGAAAGCUUCUCGACAUCCAGUUAGCCUUCAGUGACGUCACGUCCGAUCUGUUGAUGAAGCGCGUGCGGUUGCUUCUUCAAUGCAUUCCCCGCGCGAAGGUGUUGGUCAAAGACAGAUCAUGCAAGCUCCCAUCGUUUCUGGCCAAUUUAGCAACCUUUAUGACUGGGUCGCACGCGUUGUUUCAACUGAAGCUGGUGACUGCACUGGCGUCGAAUAACAACAUCCACAAUGCCCAAUCCCUGCGGUUUAUCAUGGAAAUGGUCAAAUCUCAUGCUCUUGACACCGUCAACGUUCCAAAUUCGUUGGCGAAUUACCUGGAAGAGGCACUUGGGCCACGUUUAGGGUUGGAUAAGAUCAACAUUGAACGCGUAAAGGCAAAGCACGACAGGUUGACGUUGUCCGGAGAGCUGUGUGCAUCCGUGUGGAAGCAAUCGAAUACUAUGGCUGCCAAAGCGACCACGUUAUGGAAGGCUCGCUGGGAUAGCAAGUCCAAUGUAACAUCCGACGGCCUCGACCGCUACCUUUUCAAGGCCGAGAGCGAAUGCAUUAGCGAAUUUAUCGUCUUGUUACCAACCCCCGAGCCAGUCCAACAAGAUGAUGCCUGGCUGGAUGAACUUGACGUGUCCCAGCGGCUGCAUGCCGAGCUUGAAGAACAUGUCAAGCACGUUGCCACAGUUUGGACGAAUAUGCUUGACCACAAGAAAAAAGACUCAUUUAACCACCGAGCAGCGUUUGGUCUAAACCUGCGCCGGUUUGAGUUUCUUACAAGCAAUCUGCUGUCGUCGGCGAACCUAGCGUUCUUUUUGUCUCAUCCUGCUGUUAGGCACGUUGCCGUGGGAUAUGCCGUAGCCCACAAAGUACUGCGUGUUCAAAUUCGUUUCUAUGGACCAAUUCUGGCCCCAACAACCCAGACAAGUCGAAUUCACGCCCACGAACCAAACGCGUUCAAUGACUUGUUGCAGCAAAUAGCCGAAUCGGACGGCGAGCAUGUCAGUGUUUUCAUUUUGCAGAGAGGGAUUCAUUUUAUCAUGGAAAAUCUUUUGGAUGUCCGUCAAGUGGCAUGGGGAUCACUGGCGUUGGGUGGGCCCUUUUACGAUCUGCUCAUUGAAGACAGAUUGCUCGCACGUUUCUCGGAAGCUAUUAUGAAGAAAGCCAUGACAAAAUUGCUCAUUACCAUUGCCGACAACACGUCCCUUCUAUCCCACGACUUGCUGCAACUUCUCAUGGACACAAUUUCUCGCGCAAACAAUUGUUGUGGCGAAGACGACCCAGUCAUGUCAUUGAUUUGCUUUUUUGGGACAGCAGCGUUGCGACUUUUCCAGAUCAUUCUCAAAGUGACUGUGGCUACAACUUCGACGACAAGUGUUCUGGAGAUGACCUCGAUGGGGCAACCUGUCGAACUCGAACACUUGAACCAAAAGCAGAAAAACUUUGUGGCGUGCAAAGGAAUGGUCUUGCUGGAUGCAGCAAUGACAGCGCCUUCAUUUUCCCGGACAGGAAUUCUCAUGGACGACACUCCGACGUAUCAAAUUUGCCACAAAUUGAUCAUCGAUCUGCUUCUCACGCACGAAUUUUCGAAGCGACCGCGAGCUCUUAUUGUGCACCAUAAAUUCUGGCUCGUUCAUUUCAUCGCUGACGUGCGUGCUGAAAAGUUGGAUGCAUACGUGAACAUGGCACUUCAAUCUUUUUCAGAUGUGCUCCAAGGGUUUUCAGACUCAUUUGCGUUCUCAACAUCGAUCGUUUGCGACUGCGGAUGUGGCAUAUCCGUGUUAUGGAACAUCGACAUGUAUGAAAGCGUGCUAAAAGUGUAUUUGGAUUUGAUUCAAACCCGGUCGGGAAGUCGUUGGGCCCAAGAAAAGAAUAUGACUGGAAUCUUGUCUCUUUUGAAGAUGUUAAACACGUCCUAUGUGAAAGCAAUGCCUCCCCAAUCGAUUACAAAGACAACAAUUCUCCGGACCAUUUACGCUCUUGCCCAAAAGAUCAAGCUGGCCGACAAUCUGGUCAAGUUUUUUGAAGUUGUGCCAGCGGAAAUCAUUGCGUUUUUCAACUUGAACAGUACACCAAGUCUUGAGAUCGAGAUAUUCCGCCUCUUCGCUAUGAUACUCCACUUCGGCCUCCAACGAAAGGUUCCGCAAUUGUCCAUCGCAGUAUACGCUACGAAUGUCGUGGAAAUCGCAUCACUCGUGGUGGGGACACUCAACCCGCACGUGAUGGACAUCAUUCCGCCUCUGUGGUCAGAUGUCGAUUUGUCCGACAUUACUUUCAAGAGCUCACAUACACUACGUUUGAUUGCAGCCGAACACGAGCAAAGCCUGGUGGACGAAUCUCGCAACGGAACCCCUAGUUUGCUCGUGCUUUUUGUGACCCUCAUUGACGCCAGGUUCGACAAGUCGAUUCAAAUUUUACACUUUCCGGCGAUCAUUGGCCUAUGUUGCAUGCUGUACGACAAAGACAUCGCAGAGAUCUGCAUCAAGGAAAACGUCCUUGUUCGGCUCCUUGAUGUGCAUGAAUGCAGCACGACCUUAUAUAUUUCGACAAAGCAGCAAUACUGCAUCUGGGCCGUGAGUCUCCUGUGCUCUCAUGUAGUACACAAUUCGAGUUUGAGUCCUUAUCUUACAAGCCAAACCCUCAAACGCAUCCUCCAGCACUCCUACAGUAGCCUCGGGAUGAUUAAUCGAAGUCGAUCAACCCGGCUGGACCACUACGUGCAACAAAUCAACAAGAACGGGUUCAUUGGGCCAGUGGAACCACCAAGGGAACAAGUCUCGAUGGUCGGCAAGAAAAAGGAGAUCGGCAACGAUACCCAAAAUCUGAUGUCGAGCUUGAAUUUACAGCUCAAGAUGCUGUUCGACAGCAACGAUUUCAAUACGUUGCGUCGAGGGUCGUCCUUCCACACGCUGAACAAAGUGACGAAAGGCGACAGAUUGCUCGAGUGGGAAGAAAACCUUGAGACUGCCGUGAGCGACCGCGACGACCGGACUUCCACGUUGUACUUUAUUCUCAUGAACGCCGUGUCAUGCAUGACGACCAACUUGAUCCAAAUUAAAGGUUCCGACGAAAUCAAGGUCAUUUGUCGAUCCAUUGUGGGGUAUUUCAUUGCGGAAGAGCUCAACCCCCCCGAGUACUUUGUUGCCACGUAUUGCUUUGCCCUGCGGAACAUAGUGUUUGCUGUGUGUCGACAAUCCAACUUGAAUGAGCUCUGGGAGAAGCAAACGCUCAAUGUAUUUCUGAAAAAACUGUUCGGGUUCAUUCAGCAAAAGAGAGUAUCGACGACGGGUGUCUGUGUCGGUCAAGAAUUUUCUGUAGAGUUACUGUGGGGGCUCCUCAUGAUCACCAAAGGAAAGGAAACGUGGUUUCUCUACGGCGACGAGGUUGCAGUGCCGAUGCAAGCGACCCCGCUCGUCGCGUACUCGUCGCCAACGCCGGAAAUUUCAGCAAAGUCAACACCACAACCACUUGAUCGAGUAAAGCUAAAGACACUCGUGGAAUGUGCCGGCAGCCAAGAUUUAGUUGUGGCCGAGUAUGCUUGCGCGUCGCUUGCGAUUUUGAUGCAAAACCACGAAACGGCCCUCUACUUCAUGACGGAGUUUGGUUUCAGUCGAGCUCUGAUGCUUGUUCAGCAGUUUCGAAACAAGAGUCAGCCCAAGUCCCCGCAGUACCGAAAAGCCAACCCGUUGGUCCUGCCUCGAAUUGAUCUUGAAGGAAAGUGGUAUUCCCGAGAGUUGUACGGGUCACAUUCUAUGUAUGACGAAGGGCUUCGACUGAAUCGUGAGGGUCGAGCAUUUGUCCAGUUGGUACGGUUUGUCGCAAAUUCCAUUCGGAUUGUGUCGAAAGAUAUCACAAUUUCGAACGACUAUAUCACAACAUCUGAGAAAGUGAUUAAAGACACAUUUGUUUUGUUGCUCCACCGAGCCUCCGAGCCUUUUGUUCUUGUCGAAGUCUUGCGUGGCUUGCGAAGUCUGAUCAAAUUGAGCUCGACCACCAAUUUCGACUGCUACUUCAACCGCUCUGAUUUCGACCAUUUACGCAACAUGUGCUUUGACUCAUCGUACACUCCACCUGUUCAAGCCAUGGCGUUGAAGUGCUCACGGUUGCUCUUGAGCAAAUAUACGACGACCAUUCCGUUAUGUCGGAUGAUGUUUGACGAGCGUGGUAAAGUCGUCACUCUGCUUGAUCAUUCAAAUCUCAGAGUCAGAGUGCAGGCCAUCCAUUUGAUGCUUGAAAUCGCUAUGACGUACAUUAACCCAGUGCAAAUGCGGUUAAUUGCUGACGAUUUCAACACGCCUACAGCAAAAAAUGCGUUAAGCGCAAUGCUGAAUGAAUUUAGCAUAGUCUUGCAAGACCCGAAACGGAAGGAGGCGGGUCAAGGUUUGAUGGACAUUCUCAUUCGCUUGAUCAUCCAACUGGAUUUGUUGAGUUUUGUCAACGACGAUUGCAUAAUCGAUGCAAUUUGCAACAUGAUCCAUGCAGUCACUGGCGAAGCUCAAUUGCAUGGUCAAGACCAUCAUGUCGAAGAGUAUGCGAGGAAGCCUUUGCGGCCGAUGUUGUGCACAUCACUGGCCAAAGUUAUUUGCAAGGGUGGCAACGCAAAGUGGUUUCUCAAAGCUGAGCGGCUGGAUGCGCUCGUAGCGGUACUGGGUCAAGACUCGACGUUGACAGAAUUGAUAGACUUGGUGUGCAUUUUGUUCACGAUUUGCAAAGAAGAGUCGGCGAUUGCACUAUACUUGGGAAAGCACUCGUCGCAUGCGAUUCUGCAUAUCUGCCACGUUCUGGGAGGCUUUUACGAGUUGCAAAUGGUCAAUUGUGUUGAGAGCGAAAAGGGAAGCAUCGACAUUGAUGAACAGUCGCCACGAGCCCCCACCGUUGAAAACCAACAUGACGUCUCUCAGGAAAUCGACGGAGCCAUCGCAUCGCUGGAGGUCGGGAUGCUCAAGAAAUUCCGAACUAUGAAGAAGCGACUUCUCCUGAAAGUCUACUUUCAAAAGACUGAAGAGCUCAAGAUCUCGCGCCACAUGUACAAGAUCUACAAAUACUGCCUGCUCUUGCUCAACGUUAUAUUUGAAGCACACAAUUGCGGAUACACCGAAGUGUAUGGAUGUACCUGUAAAACCAAGGAUGGAUGUUACAUGUGCACUCCGUCCGACCUGCUCCGCAAGGCAAACGGAGGUGAAACCCUUCGCUGGCUGUUGCUGUCCAAACGAAUUCGAGCAGCGAAGGGAAUCAUGUACAACAGCGUUCCCGAUCGUGAGGCCAAUUGCAUUGUGUUCAACGUCCUCCGAAUUCUUAAGGCGGCGUGCUUUAACCAUUUAUUCCGCCAGCAACUUCUGGAUGCAACGUCCACAAAAAAACUGUCCUGUCAAGGAUCUGCAAUGCUACUAAAGCUUCGAGAUAUCUGCGGCGACACCAACAAUCCAUUUGUUACCAAGAAGAAGGGGUGUAUCAUUGACGCUGUUGUGGUCGUGGGUCAGCUGUGUUCGGAGGACGGCGUGCGAGAAUUCAUGGGGGUGACAGCAGACAUUUCAACUCAUUUGUUUUCAAUCAUCAACGACAGGAUUCAAGUGCAAGUGCCAUGCAUGCUCCGUGCGUGCUUGUUUGCGCUGUGUCGCGUCGCGGGCAGUGAGGCGGUGGUCUCGUCUAAACACUUCAAGCGAACCAUUCGGCUCACAUGCAGUUUGCUCACGAUGGAAAGCGUGGUAUCUGACAAAGUGUGCUUCAACAACAUUAUGCUGUUCUGCCGCAACAUCAUAGCGUUUGGAAAACAAGACGUGCCUUUGAUUCACGAAUACUUGACGGGACCAAUUUUGGCCUUACUGGGCAGAACGAUGCAGUUGACAACGGAGGAUGGUGACGAAUUCAUCGAGUCAAAUUUGAGGCUGGUCGGGGUUGACACUCUGUGCUAUCUGCUUUUCAACACUAGCAUAGCACUUCGGCACGCUUUGACAGAGGAGCAGGGACGACUAAAACCGCACGAUUUGAAGCCACCAGAACCAAAACGGCGAAACACUCGAAAACUCACCACAGCAACAACAGGACACACCUUUCCCGUCGACACCACACAAGAGCAGACCGUUUUUGCAAAAAUGGGAAAAAUAUGGCAACUUCACCUUCAAAACAUGAACGCUGACGAGCUAUCAAAUUUGGGGAGUUUGGACGACAAGCUUAUUCACGUGUACUAUGCGUUGUAUGGGGCCAAGAACGAGACUCAACUUUUCUUGGACAUCCUCAAGAUUCAUGCGUGCUCCAAGACGACGCAACCCGACCAUCGACGAGAAAGCCUCGCGCAUACCACAGAACUUACUCCCGUCGGACCAAAGGGACCAGAUCCGUUGCCUCUAUUCUUCUUGUUGGAGCACUCAACUCCAGCUGAUUUGCGGAAUUUCACAUUUGCCGGUGCAAAUCACGUUCCAGGCUCGCCGUUGUCGUGGAAAGUGCUGCGAAAACUGAUGGCGACUAUCAAGCUCAAGGGAGAUCUCGAAAUUUCGCAGUCACACUUGCUGGCAGUGUUGGAGCUGCUGGCGGUGUGUCAGCCCGACGGGUUGAGAAACCUGUCGAGAUCAUCUCAUUGGUGGCUGAUCGAACUCGAGUCCGAGUUCAUUCGAUUUGUCCACGACAUCGUUCACCAAAACCAGUUCCUGCAGGCGAGUGGAGACACGUUAAAUCUAUCGUACAAGACUGCCUUGCGGUACUUUCAUUCGGCAUUUGCACACGAAAAGGCAUCCGACUCAUUUUCCAAACAUUUUCGGGGGUUUGUCAUCUUGCAUGCCUAUUCCAAUCACACCCCGACAAUGCAAAAGCUUGCCCAAAUGAUGGCCAAUGUGCCAGAAAUUGCACCUGAAAGCGCCAACGAAGGCGUGAUGGACGAAAAUGCAAUUCCAGCGUUGGUCACAGAGUGCCUAAGCGGGAUGCGUCUGGGCAAGCGAAGAGUCACCUGGAAAAAAAGGGAUCAUGGCAAGCAGCCCUUCUCUAUGACGUACUACGUGACCGAAGUGUCGCAUUCAAAGGUCCUUCCAUAUUCGUUGGGAGUGCUCAAGGCUCUCAAUGAUCACGACGCAAGGUUCUUGAGCUGGUUCUUGAAGCUUGAUGGGUUGGAUAUCCUUGUCGAGAUUUUGGACCUCGAGUUGGAGUACGAGUGUGCCGCAGUGAUUCCAUCGCGACUAUACGUGCUACUCACCACUUUGCAGUUGCUGAAGGACAGUAUCUUGUUGCAUCCUGACACUAUGGAUGUCCUUGCAGCAAAUCCACGCAUAUUUUUGAGAUUGUUCGACUUGACAUCCCACGUCAAGACGCAAGUAAAGCAGAUUGCGAUGGCUCUCAUCGCUGAAUUGACAAGCACGCCCUGGAUUUGUCAAGGCGUGUAUUCCAUGCAAGUGUUUGAAGAACUCCCGGUUUUUGGCAAUGCCGAUAGUACUGUGCUUGAGCAAAAGCUGAAACAACUCAAAGCAAUCUUUGGAGCGACUGUUAUAGAGAGUGAUGGCGGACAUUUGUUCGUCGACACCAACACCAUGAUCGACGUCAAAAAGUAUGCGCAGCUAUCAAACGUGCGCUUCUUUCGCAUGCUGAAGCCAGUCACGUUGGUGAAGCUGACCAAAGCGCUUGAUUCAUGGCCUUCGUUCGACUCGAAGAACUUUAUGGUGUGCCACGAUGGUCGAGCUGCGACGAUGCCGUUGUGGUUGGUUGAGCAGUAUGUAAGCGAUGACAUCAUCAUCAACUCAAACAAUGCGAGCUACAAGCGCGCCAAGGUGCUGGAUGUCGUGUCUCGUAUGGGCGCCAAACUUGCCACGACGUGCAACAUGGCGACGGACAAAGGACACAGAUUGACUCGAGACGACUACAUGUCAUCCGUCGACGCCAAGGAGCGGAAACUAGUUGCGAACUCGAUUUGGAAAACCAUCAACGCGUGUAUUGGGACCAACGAGCACCGAUGUCGAUUACGAUUCACACAGCAGAUUUUUCGCAUCCUGAUUGAAGACCAAGCUCGUUUGUUGCGCACAAAACGUCAAAGUAGCGCUAGCUCGAGCUUGCUAGUGCCACAUCACGUGUCCCUGGAACUUUUUGGGUUCUUGCGGAAGUGUUCGUUGUUACGUUCCCUGGACAUGGAGCAAAUUGGCGCCAUGUGCCGACGUAUCCCAAUGCCGCAGGCGUUCUCUCCGGUCACAAUGACCGAUUUGAUCGUGGUCUGUCGGGGAACUGUAACCGUGUCCUAUAAACCAACUAUGUUUUCUUUUCAGCUGGCCAAGUCAGUCCAGUGGAAGCGAUCGUUUGGGCGUGGCGAAAUCGUAUGGUGUCCGAAGUGGAUAUCCACAGACACUCGCAUUGAAGGGUUUGAUCACAGCCGGUAUCAGGUGCAUGCGUCACCUAACACCACUGCCUACGUUUGGACUUACGACCUACAUCGACGCGCCUUCUCAAGCGAUACGUUGACAAAGCUGUCAGCCGACAUUUCAAAGCUGUUCGACGCGAUUGAGAGUGGAGACCGCCAUCUUGUUUGGACAAAAGAAAUGUCGAUGUUUGCAUAUGAAGAGUCCCAAUUGCGGUUGCUCCAAGUUCACAGUUUAUGCGUUCUCGGUCACUUGUCGCAAGUUCCUGAAAUGGCCUUGAUUUUGGUCAAAGAUAGUCAAUUGAUCAACUUUAUUGUUAUGAUGGCACUAUCGUCGUUGGACGACAAGGUUGUCAUCGCUGCAUUCCAAACUCUUCGACGGUUCUGCAACGACCCAAGUAUUGCCCAAGAGCUAAUGAACAUCAAGCUUGACAUCUUUCAAGGCCACUCGGUUCUCCAUGGUAUCCUCAAUGCAAUUGACAUUUGGAGUACAUCUGGUCAACUCACGAGUGAAGUCAUUGUACUCUUGCGUCAAGUGUACAAGUUGGUUCCAGGUGCAGCGGUGUCGAUUCCGUCGACUUGGAAAGUCCGCCAUCACGAAUUUUUCCACCAAUGUUUAGUCGCGCCGGACAAGGAAUUGCAUCGACACUUGACUGCGAUGGUGUGUGAAGUUCUUCGGCAAUCUCCGUCCAUUGUGAAAAACUUCACUGACGCUGGGUUGCACGUGGGGUUCGCACGCUUAUUGAAUUCGUGCGAUGGCGGGUUGCUGUGUGACGUGCUCCACUUGAUGUUAUUGUUCUGCCUCGAUGAACCAACUCGGCGGAUGCUUUGGGCAGAACGAACGUUUCACCGUGGCAUCAAGCCGGUGCUUUGCAAGAUGUCCGUGGAACUCGAGGAAGCGAUCAACCUUGACCGCGACAAAAUUUACUGCGACUUUUUCAAUCUCUUGCUAGAUGCUGAGAGAGACCAGGUGUACAGCCGAGCAUACCGGCACUUCUUCGGUUCCAACACAACCUUGGUCUCAACGUUGACCCAUCGCAUUCUCAAGGUGGAGCUGUCUCCCGAUCACCAAUUUGAGCUUGCCAUGUGUAUGGAGUGUUUGUGGCGACUAUGUUAUGAGCACGAAGGAAAUGCAAAACAAGUUGCAAGAAGCUGCGACGAAACUGACAUCAUCGACGUGCUCGGAAACUUUUUUGAACGGUCCCACAGACACACCGAGUUUCAAAUUGCUGUGCUCCUGCUCAUUCGAUCGCUGUGCACUGACCCGUUGUUUGCCACGAAAUUGUGUGUAGUCGGUUUGCAGCAACAAUUGUUGGAGUUCGUGUUGUCGCCUCCUGCCAAUUUGGAAGCGUCUAUACCAAGGACGUGCGCUGCAUUGCAUGCUCUUGGCUCGGCCUUUUUGCAUUCGACUUUUGCCCGAAAGGCGCUGACCAUUGAACACAUUUUACCAUGCAUUGGCUUGCUAUCACAUUCAUCUGCCAAGCCAGAAAUGCUUUGUGGUGUUCAACAGUUACUUCGGUUUGCCUGCAUGGAGCCGCCCGUCCGGCAGCUAGUCUGGGAUCAUCACGCUUCAUCCUCUGCGCUAGGAUGGAAACCAUGGAUGAACACGAUCGAACAGUCCAGCAAAAUGUACUUGAAGACUUGUGAAGUCGCCCACCGUCAGAUCGAGCUGCAUACACUGGGUCUAAUAGCUGAACUCUGUGAGGUUGAGGACAUUGCACGAUCGUUUUGCACUUACGACGGCGGUGCACUACCUCGCUCCAUGUUCGACUUGGCCGUGUCGCAUGCAUCCAGCAAAGUUGUGCAUCAAAUCUUGCGAAUUUUGGUCACAGUUGCCGAAUUCAUGCACGCGUGGGCAGACCCCCAUUUCGAGUUUGCCAAAGCUUUUGAAAAUCGCUGUGUGAUGCGGUUGAAGAAUACUCUUGGCAACCAUGAUUCCAACGCCAUGGUCGUGCGAUUUCUGUGGCUCUGGGAAAUGAAUUCGUCGCAUCCGAUGUCCAGCACGCUCUUUGGGAACAAUGGGCAUCGCGUUUAUUCAAAUGUUGCCGAAGUCAUAUGCAAGCGUGGCGUAUCCGACAUUGAGCGUACCAUGUUCAUGGGGUACAUGCGUUUUCAGCUGGAUCAAGUCGCUGCGUUAAAUUGUGGCAGCACUUUGGAUGUGCGCUUUGCCAACACCGUUUCAGGUCACGUUUGUUCUUCUUUGCGGCAUUUUGCACCAGACAUGCCGUUUCCAGCCCUUCGAUUUGCGCCGGACAAUGUCAUGAGCUAUUUUUCGUGGUCUCGCGAUCGCCAAUUCAUUCCACACGUUCAAAACUGGCUGCUAAUGGAAGUAGCUCUCACAACAUUACGAAUAAUGGGGUCUGGACAACUCCAAGCAUCCACUUCAUUUCGACAUCUGGUUGAGAUUGCCAUUGCUCAUUCAAUUGAAUUUAUCCAAUCCUUGGACUCGCCAACAUCAACGUCUACCUCCAAGCAAAUUCUUUUGGCUGCGUUCGGUCUGUUGGCUCAUUCGAAAAGUCACGCGCGUUGCCAAAGUGUACUCUUGUUUAGAAAAAUUGAGUUACUUCUCGUCGACGCUGAACUCAGUCUGGUCAUCGCAGUACUUACGAGUCUCCAAUCACUUCUUGGUCACAAUCCGACAUUGUGCUUUUGGCUGUCGAAAACAAACCUGAACUUUGUUGAACGGGUCAUCGAUAUCCUCAACAUGAACACAGACAAAAGCGUCGAGGCCGCUGGGCUAUCCGUGAUGCAGGUGUUGGUUGCGCGGUGUUAUCGAUUCGCAGUGAAAGCCAUCAGGAUGGAUGUACCCUUCCUUUGCAUUCGACGAAGCAUGUUAGAGUCUUCUCAGAGCACAUUACUUUGGCUGCGGCUUUUGGAACACCUCGUGGCUAUAUGUGGGACAACGCAUGCAUUCGAAAAAGUCGACACUGCGAUAAGAGCCGAGUUCUGUCAAUUCUUGGUGUCUAGGGCUGCCAUGGAAAACUUCAAUCUCCACUCCAAUUGGUCUAGCUGGGUUGCUUCAAUUGCGAUGCUUGCCGGCGCAGUCGUGGUGCACGAACAACUGGUGAUGCAUUGGACCUCCACUGGCAGCUUUUUUGUUUCAUCUCUCCUGAAAGCAAUUCUUGGCAAGCCCGAUGAAGACGGAGAUCGUGCAAAAAAGUGCUAUUCACUCCUCAUGACAUUGCUUGAAUCUCGACACAAACCGUUGGUUCAGCACAUUGUGAACAUGCACUCAGAUCUGGAGGAAGUUGUAAAGUGCGCUUUUUCGUUUCGACCGAGUCCGUCCAAGCUGCACGCGGUCCAAGUGACUUUGGUCUGCAGCGUUCUCAAUCAUUUGGCCAUGGACAUCCAUGCGACGAUGCUCUUUGCCAAUAUAUCCGAGUACUUCAGUCAAUACGAUUCGUUUCCACCUAGUUGCCGUCACGUUUGCUUUGAGAUUUUAACAUCAACCCUUGCUGCCAAGUUGCCGCACCGGCACCCCAAAACACCUUUGUUGCGCGAUGUACUUGCCACGUUGGCGUGGGGUAAAGUCGUCAAGGAUGUCUUGAACGGCAUUCGCUCGAGUUCCUAUCACGUUCAGCUGUCCAGUCUUCGCUUGUUGGAUGCGCUAUUAACGUACUCGACCCAAUGUACGCUACGAGAGCUUGACGUCAUGGAGAUCAGUGUUCUCCAAGCCACGUUGUCGGAAAUUCUCGACGGGUUUACCAACAAUACGUGCGUGGAUACCCGAUUGGAAGAAGUGUGUCGAUCGUCAGCCUCGUCCAUCGCAAACUGUAGCACAGCAUUCGAUGUGCCGUUUGACGUCCCGUUGCGCCAAUGUCGGCGUGCUGUGUACGCAAAACCAAGUCGCGCCAAAGAAACUGUGAACGAGAAUGAAGCCAAUUUGUAUCAAAACCACGGGGCUGUCUAUUUCUUUGCGCUCAAGUGCAUCCAAGUGCUCGACAUGGACGCCAAGUCCAUCACUGUGCACAACAUAUCACCGAUGACGUCGAAUUUCGACUGGGGAUGCAGCUUCGUCGUGUAUAGAACGGUCAACGCAGAUAUGUUUGACGCCGAUUCCGUUCACGCCAUGUUGCUUCUCCUAUACAGUGGCAUCUUGCACUCGGGUGGUGGAAAUGGAAAUAGCGAUGUCGUGGCGAAUGAUCCAUUCAUGCACUGCUUGUUGCGCUUUGCUGGAAGUCAUGCCUACCUCCAGCUGAGACAAAUGGCCACAGCGUUGUUCUGGAAACUGUUGCAUUGCGCCGAUGCAUCCAUCGUGAGUGCGAUAUGCACUUUGGUGUCGCAGUUCAAAUUUUGCCUCCUACGAAACUUGCACGAAAAUCUCACUCUUGUAGAACCCCUCAUCGGGGCUACGUUGACGGCCAAGGACGCGUGGAAAGACCUGCUGUUGACCACGUGUGGCCUCUUGUGUGAAUUUUGUGUCGACGCUGCCAUGAGCGCUUCGAUUGCAUCGCGCAAUUAUAUUCGUGACAUUCUCGCCCUCCUGCAAGCCGAUCGCCCGAAUCAACUGAAUGCGAUGAACAUUCAGUUUCUCACCAUGAUUGAGCGGAUGAUUCAGUCGGGCUUCACGAGUCUGCAUUUGAACAACCGUGGGCUACUGCCGCACUGCUUGCAAUGCUUGGCUCUGGACAAUUCCGAGGCCCUUCGCAGUCAAGCUGUGUACGUGUUGUACCUGUUCUGCCAAGAAAUGACCGGGUUGGACUUGCUGAAGACGACUGUGUUCCCCCAUGUGGCCAACCCAUCCACCCAUGCCAGCAAAGUUGCUGCCGACGAAAGCACAAACAAUGAGCUGCAGGCUGGUAUUCACAUGUAUGCUCUCUCUGAAAGCUUGAAAUGCAAUCAACCUCGCCCGCAACGUGCGGCCAUGUACCUCGUGUGUGAACUCUGCGCCGAUCCACACCACGCAGCCGCUCUUCGAAUGUGUCGCCAAUCGUCGUCCUCUCUCAUCAACUUGGUUGCUCACGUCCUGGCAGCGACGUUGGGCACAACCCACCGCAAUCGCGUUCAGUUUCGUGGCGUCGUUGACGUAUCCGAGACUGACGCGCGAUUCACCUUCGUGACAGGAUGCUAUGCGCUCCAAUGUCUCCAACGUUUAGAUGUUUUUGCCGACGUGUUCAGCGAUGUUGUGUGUGGAAACAAAGUGAUGGUGCAGCUCUUUGCUGCCUUGGGAUGGGCCAACUCGGAGGUGUGCCGGCCUGCUGUUGCAUUGUUGUGUGGAAUCUACCAGUAUGCUCUGAAAUCUAAGGUCGAACAGAAGUCCCAAUUCGGACCCAAGGAAAACUCGUCGGACGAAGGAAUUGAUUUGGCCAUUCUAACGGGCCAAAGUCGAGACCACCUGUUGAAUCGGAUGAAGUGUUUUCGGCAUAAAGUGGCCACGCAAAUACCAAGCUAUAUCAAGCUCCUGGCAGACUGGGUGUCGUGGUUCUGCGCCCACAGACCGCUAUCGCAUGCUGACGUGUUGUCUUCGAUACUCGAAUUGAUCUCGACAAGCGUGCAGUUGUUUUUCCCGACAAUCUACUUUCCCAUCCACGCCACGACCCGCGUCCACCACCAAACGCUUCUUGAGAAUGUUUUUGACAUUGCCUUUGGUCAACACGAUCAUGUACUGGGAGAAGCCGCCGCGUCCGUUCACAUGGAAGCUCUGGGCGUGUUAGCAAAUCUGUGCAAUCACACAGAGUAUGCAUGCGCUCGCUUCGAAAGUCCCAGUGCCAUGAAAAUGUUGCUCGACUGUACGGAGAGGUCAACUGGACGAUUACAGCGUGUUGCCGGACAACUGCUUCAAGCAGUGACAAAACAUCAAUCGGUCAAGGAGUGCAUCUAUUCGAACAAGCUCAUGAGCUUCAUGUCGUGGAUCAAUCUGCCAAACUUCGACCCGAUCCUUGGAAAUUUGCUGCAUGCUGUCAAGAACCUCAUCGAAAAACCCACAACACCGUCCCCUCAUUACGACGCAACUACCAUUGCUACCUUGUUGCUCAAAGCAACUCCGACCCAAUGCCAAAAUCUUCCUCCAGCUACGAAUUUCCGUCGCAUGCAACUUCGACUGAGCGUGAAAUAUCUCAAUGCGAACACGAUCGUGAUGAACCCUACUUUCACCGCCAGAAUCGACCACGACGACAACGUGACGAUACUGCGCCGUGUGUACGUGCCAAGCUCGCUUCAUGUUGAGCUGUCUUGGCUGCAUUCAAUAGACGUCCGAAACAUCACCGUCCACCUCGAAUUGUCGUCUCCAGGUCAUGAUACGAUAUUCGUCCACCAUGCUUGUGGGUUUGACACCCCCACGACGUUCUCCGGUCAUGAUUCCGCGUACUCGAUCGAAGGUCACGUGUCCGACGUGAGUGCAACCGAUUUGCAGAGUCUUACUGGUCCGCUCGGUGAAGUGCUCAAGUUCUGCGUCCAAGAAAAGAAAUUGCCCGAGCUGGGUCUCCUUUCUGCGCUUAUUGGCGAAUUGUGCAAGCAUGACGAAGUCUUUUGCAACGUCGACUUGAACUUAUGGUGCUUCAUCGCGUAUUUACUCCAGAACGGUUCAGCGACGGGUGGCAAUAGCCAAGGGAUGCAGUGUCUGAAGGCGAUAGCUGCCACGGCCAGCGCGCAACACAAGCAUCUGAAAACGUUUGUGUCGCACGUCAUGUUCAUGAUUCAGUUGUUGGACAUAUACGGGAUGUCGUCGUCCAAGAUCCAAUUACCAGACGACCGAAGUGGACACCACAUUGGCCAUCCGCACUGCAUGCGAAACAAGGAGUCCAUUCUCUUUAUGGUGGCUGUCGCGGACAUGGUGGCCAGCUACGGGUCCGUUUCGUUCGUUGAAAAUGUGAUGCGCCAACUGUUCAUCGAACACUGUGGAGUCGUCAUGUUUCUUUGUGGCGAGCACCGUGGCAAAGAGCACUCGUGCUCUGGGUACUUUUUUAUUCAGACUCACUUCAUUCGCCUCCUGCCGUCGCACCCGAUUCUGCUUUCGCAGGACUGCUUUGUCCAGACGAAUUUGCGCCACUUUGUCGAAUGCGCCCACUCAAGCGACGACUGCGUCAAGCACGCGACCAAAAUGAUGCUUCACAUCGUGUCUAAUUCGAUUGCGUGCCAACAGUUUGUCUUGCACAACGGCUUGCAUCUCUUGGGGCGGGUGGCGCAAAUCCUAAUGAACAACAACCUGACAAAAGGUACCAGGCACUUUGCUCCAGCCCUCUGCCAGAUCGUCUUGGUGGCAUCCUUCUUGUCGGCCAACAUUUUGAGCCAAGUACCGUUGCCUCUGGAGUUUGAACGGCUCUUUUUUCCGUCCGCAGUGUCGAAAGAUGUCAUGCCGUUCCUGGAAAUCCUCUUAUGGCCACUAAUGCCAGUCGAUGGGGCCUUCACGUGGACUGAAUCGUCGCUGCUUGCUGCUAAAGUGUUGAGCGAUGUGAUGGAGAAGCGAUCGUCGAGGCUGCUGCUGGAGAAUCACUUAAUCCAUAUCUCAUUUCGCUUGUCGCAGUCGCGAGUCCUGCUCGUUCAGGCUGCACUCGCAACGUGCUUGGACUGCACUGCGUGGGACCAAAAGCACGCUGUUGAUGUGAUCCAGCGAGUCUACUUUGUUGCUGUUCGUAAAGGCAUCAAGCUCGGCAUGCUGUCUGCCGAAUGCACCGAGUUGCUGCCUCAAACAUCCAAGUCGGAACAAGAUGUGAGUCAUCGAAGCCACAAGAGCAUCAUGGCGCAAUCCUCGACAAAGCUCAAUGUGGUUCCGGCCAAGACAGAAGGACGGCCCAUGCACGAAACUUUGAAUCCGUAUCGAGAUCAACUCUUGUACUGUUUGAACUUUACCGAGCAACAUCGAGAAGGCCGCUUGCGCGACAUUCUCGUCCGCAGUCGCAAAAAAGGCAUUAGCGACAUGCUCAGCGCCGUCAACAAUUCGGCCCGCGUGUUGGUCUUGAUCCAUCAAGUUCUCGAGAUGUUCUUCGAAACGUACGUCAGUGUCGUGAGCGCAGUGCACAUCGAGUACAGCGAUGUGAAAGUAAAGAAGAUGCGGUUCUUUUGCAAACAAUUGGAAAGCAUCGCAGCCGUGGUUGUUGCGGCGCUCAAUCAAAUGGAGGCGUCGUACUUUGGUGUGAUCUUUGCCCAACUGCACGAUAUUCGAGUCCCCAAUUAUGGCGUGACCGACCCUGUCGAGUGCCGCAACACGAUGCGAAGUAACAUGAAGAAGCUCUUGUUCAUCUUGAAGCGGAUCAUCGACAAGAAGAAGCUCAAACCCCUGCUGGACGAGCAGUCGUUCGUGGAAGCCGAAGAAAUCAUGGGCUCCAUUCGCCUCGAUUUUGCAGUGAAUGGACGUCGGCGCUUGGGUCACGCGGCCCUCGACAACGCAUCGAUUGCCGACUUUUUGUGCGAAGCCGCUGAACUUGGAGGCCUCAAAAAGUUUGACGAGUUCAUCGCUGGCACAAGGUAUCUCUACGCGCGGUCAAUGCUACGCGACGACGGGACGGUGGACAACUUGGAGGACUUUAUGAUGGGAACAUCCGACAACAUGACGUUGAAAGAGGCCAUCAAAGAACUGAUCAACGCGAUUCUGACGCAGAUCAAGACCAUUUUCUGCUCCCCUUUCCGUCUGGCACGGCGCAUGGUCGAGCGCUUCGCCUCGAGCCAAGCCGCCGCAAAUGUUGUAAGUUCGUCCGAAAGGUCAAACGGAAGCAUAGUCGGGGAUCGCGCGCGCCGUCACAACAGCACAUUGUUGACGCAAGCGCAUUCCCAAGAGAUGGAACGACGGCUCAUGUCACCAUUCCCAUUUGCGUCGGUGUUCUUUUGCCACCGCCAUGAGCAGGCCGCAAGAGUCAGCGUGGUGUGGAAGGUAUUACGCCAGGUUGGACUACUUCAAACGGCCCAUGCAGCAUCGUCGGCGUCGUUCCCGGUGCUGCUUAAGCCAAACUUUGCCGAAGAUUUCUUGGCGGGGUUGCUGUCCAAACGGCAGGAGCUCAUUAUCGACCAUCUCCUGAACCCGGAAAAUGCUAUACACGACGACGUCCUCGAACGAAAGUUGACUAGCACCGAAAUCCACAUCGUCAUGCUCAACAUUGAGAAUUUCUUGGCAAGACAGGACAACGACAUUGCCUUGUACUAUGUGCACCCGUCGACGCUGCCAGUGAACGUGUGGAAUUUUGUCGUGUCACCUGUGUACCAUACUCGUCUCAUGCACGCGCAUUACCUGCUGAACGAUCUAAAGAGUGCAGAUUCGCUCGCGUCAGCCCAAGCGCUGUGGCAAACACUGGAAAAAGGCCACUCAUUCGUGACACAAGCCAUUCGCCUGAGUCCCAUGAUGAAGCUCAAAACAACCAAGCGAAAAAUGAGCCAGAAGCAUGCAUCCGCGCCCUUCGUUCGCCGCAAGUCGUGGUGUCCAUGGAAGUGGCACAAACCAAGUCCGGAUGGUGGCGAUUACGACGGUGCAAGCUUAAAUACGGACGAAAUUCGACGCAAACCCAUGGGAGUGCUCUACACAAACUACAUCCUUCCGGUCUGCGACCGGCAGCUCGACGAUCCGUUGUCCGACCAAAUGGCGUGGGAGCACUUGAUCGGGGAAAUCAACGCGGGCAAGUACCCCCCAUGGGUAUUUCGUAUUAACGAUUCGGUUUGCUCCCCGCAUUUACGACGGGCAACCAAAGUUUACCGGUCGCUCCUUCGUGGCAUCAUUUACCUGACGUUCUGGCGGCUCGAAGAGUACUUUCUCGAUUUACAGGACCGGUCGUGGCCAGAAGGCGAAGUCAUUCGCCUAACGUGUACGAGUCGCAAAUGCCUCGAAGAAGAUAUCGUUGAAAGCAUUGUGAUUUACAAGCAUUUCAAGAAAGCAAUGAGCGAGUUGUUCCGCGUGUGGAUGCUCGAGAGUGGCAGCUUGGGUUUGCCGCUGUGGCAGCACUGGGGCUACUUUGUUGGCGGGUGCAUCUUUCCGGCAGUUGUGCUCUUCAUCUACCUCCCAACUCUGUUGUCGUACACGGAUUAUUCGGCCCGCGACACAGAUUACCACAUGAAAUGGCUCUUGGCGGGGUUCUUCAGCCUCUUGUUUACCUUGGUCAUGUGGUCCAUUGUGCUGCUCGUCAAAAAAACCGAAAACUUCAUGGUGCAGGAGCGCCAACAAGUGCGGUACUUUCCUGUAACACGCCACUAUAGCAACUACUUGGCCUUGUUUGGAUUGUUUUCCGAGAUGGUCCAGCACAAUUCGAUCCCGUUCAGCGAAGGGGUCAAAUGGGCGUCGGGGUAUAAACUACCGACUUUGGUCAACUACAUUGGUCAACUCGGCAUAACAAACUUCGACUUUUUCCACAUUGAGUCGUUUAACUUGGCGUACCUCAAGUCGUUUUUUGCGAGUGGAAUCUUGGUCCUGUUUCUCGUCGUACUCAAGUGUGCCAACAAGUUCCACAAAACGUACCCAGCGCUGAACCAGCGCCUUACCAAAGACUUGCCGCCGAUCGUGUCGGGGCUGUUGUUUGUUGGUAUUGUGAAUUCGUUUUCGUCGCUCUUGUUUUGCUGCACGUGCGACCAAUACGUCGACAAUCCUGCCGCGCAGGAAGCAUGCUACCUCCAACGCAACGGAUCCAACGAACCGUUCUUGUACAGCUACCCCGACCUAAACUUCACAUGUUGGAGUCCCGAACACAAACCAUUGGCAUACGUGGGGCUCAUGGGGUCGACUUUUUUCAUUCCCAUCGGAAUCCUCGGCGCAGGAAUGAGUCAAGUGCUGUUCCCGCUAGAAACGUUAGACAUCAAGUUUUCGCCCAUCAUUGAUUUGACGAGCCAGUUGACCAAGACGAUCACGGCGAUUUCCGCUCUCUUUUUCACGUUCCGCACGCAAUACAUGAUUUCAAUUGGAUUUGGCCUCAACUUGCUCCUGUUUGCCGUCACCUUGGUCAACAAAACGUCAUCGAUCUGGUACAUUGGAACGGUCAAAUCGGUCAUCUACAUCAUGUCGGUGUGGACGUCGCUGUGUGCGUUUGUCAACAUCUUACUGGACUCACCGUCCAGCGGUCCCAUUUACUACCUCAACGUCGGGUGGUUUGCCAUUAUGUGUCUGGCGUGCUGUGUAUUGGGCAUUCGACUGCGAUUCCGCAACAUGCGCGAAGAACGGGCGAGGCGAGAGAGACUGCGCGACUACCAAUUGCUCAACGACACGUCCGAGCUCAGCCGGCUCACAGACAUGGAAGAGGACAUGCUUCGACGAGCAACCAAGCCCCUUUCGACGGAGCAGCUGGAAGCUACUGCCCCCAAAGGUUUCAUGGAUGCGGCAAUGCUCAAGGCCCACCAACUCGGGGCGCAGGAGUUGCCUGCACAUCUCGAAGAGUUCAUGCGUUUGGCGAAGAAAUCGGCUGAGAAUCCUACAACCAGCGAGCUUAUGUUCAAAAGACGGGCCAAGCGACUCGGACACCGCAUCGCGGCAUUUGAGGAGCUCGAGCGCUUGAGCAAGCACCACGGCCACAAGACAGCAUAGUAAAAUGCGUGUGUACAACGAUAUGUCCCUUACAUUGUACCUUCAUGUGGGCUUGGGCUUGAGCCACGUCGUGAUGCCACUCGGUUUCACAGGAGGGGAAAUCACUUCUAAUGGCGCAGGCUCCGCUGGAGGAAGUUCAACGACUUCUUCAGCUACUGGAGGGGUCACCUUGAGCAGGGGUGACACAAAGUUGGGCUGGUCGAGAAGCACCACGAUCGUAUACGCGGCGAGGUCUUCGACUUGCUCGAUGAUUCGAGGGAUAAGUUUUACGAGCUUGGACGGCCGAUGGUGAUGCUCUGCGACUUUUUUAUGCGUGGUGGCAGGCGGACCAUCGAAAUCUUCAGCAGGUCGCUCGUCAAUGUAGUCGACUUCAUCUUCGUACGCCAGCCACUGAUCUCCAUAAUCGAGUCGAUCCUCCUCGUCUCCGUUUUCGUCGUCGCUGUCCUUGCCACUCAAGCUUUCGCCCAUUUCGUCGUCCUCCCAUUCCAAAUCGCUCUCCACGGUGUAGUCAAGACUUGCCACCAUAGCGAACGGCCGACGGCCUCGACGCAGCACUCGGGCCUUCUUCGAGUUGGUGCCCCAAUACGCUGGUCGAUAGUUGUCGUGGAACUGCAACAACUUCUUGAUACCCAACGUUGGGUGUCUGUGACGUUGGCUGGACCAACUCCCCGGCUGCACUGGAACUUGCGGUGCUGUACCAGUCGUCAAUGAAAUUGCUGGUGGGUUCUUUGGUCCCGUUCCAUCCUUCGACAUUCCAAGUCCCAAUUCUUGGUCGAUUCUCUCCAUAUUACUGUCCGCCAGGACCGUUCGGUCUCUGGAAAUGUCGUUACUCGGUUUAGUUUCCGUCUUCUUCAAGAACGUGCCCCACGUUUGGCGGCGCCGCAGGAGCUCCUGCUCUUCUUUUUCUUUCGCCAACGCUUCCUGUUUCUUCUUCGUGUCUUCCUUCUCCUUCCGUUUCAGCUCUUGGUCCAUCCGCUUCGCUUCCUCCUUCUCCAUUUGUUGCUGAGCUUUCAAGUCCUUCUCCAACGCCUUCUGCUUUUCGUGCUCACCACGCUUUUGAGCCUUUUGGAUUUCUUGCUCGACCGCGACGAAGAACUUGCUCACUUUGCCCUCUUCCAAACUCAACUUCGAGUCAUCCGUCGUGUCUUCCAGGAUCAUCGUGGCGAUCUUGUCCAAUGUUUUAAUAGCCUGACCAGUGCGUUUCCGCUGUUUGCGCACGCGGCGAAUUAUCUUGACAGCAUCGUCGUCAAAGUACGACUCGAUUGCUCCGACCUCCCACACCCACAUCGCUCGCGGCGUUGUAUCUUGGAACAUGUGCGCCUUCUUCGACUUGGCCCCAUAAGACACUCGUUCGGCCAUCGACUUGAUUUCCAUUUCCACCAUCGAUGCAUUGAAACAGGCCACCUCAGACGACGCAUUCAGCCACUCGAGCCAUUCGGACUGAAUCUUGUCUGCCAACGUACUCAAAGAGUCCAUGCAACCUUGAAUUCGCCUCGCAAUGAAGGACUUGGCCACCACCGGCACCGACGCCCAUGCUGUUGUGAUGGACUUACAUUCCGCUGUCAAUUCUUCUCGGCAGGCUGCUAAGAACUCCGUCGUCAAGUUCAAACCAAUGUCGACGUGGGCGCCAUAGAUUUCUUGCAGCAACUCGUCCUUGUUCUUGCCCUUGGUCAGCGCAACGAAGAGUUGUUCGACGUCUGUGAGCUUUUGCAGGUACAACUCAUGCUUUUGCUGUAAGAUUCCACUCAAAGCUGGUUUGACAACAGCCGGAGGGGCUUCAGGGGAUGCCGCUGCCUUUGAUCUCUUUCGAGCAGGCGGCUUGACCUCAGCGGGCUCGUUUGGCUUGUGCACAGUGGUGGUCGCCACUCGUUGUGGCCUUGACUUUUUAGUCUUUGCCUCAGCAGUAUCCGAAGGGGUCAUGUUGACUGAAUUGUCGUCGCUGUCGUCAAUGGUGAUGACAUCCGUUUUAGCCGUUCCUUUUACACUUGACACACUUGGUGCUUCUGUAACUCGUGCUGGCGUUACGAGUGUCGUGGAGUCUGGAGUCGGCGCUGGAAGCUGGGCUUGCGCGUUUGGGGUUUUCAAGGCAUUCGCUGGGGCCUUCGUUUUACGUUUCUUCAUCUUCGGUGGCACAGUGUCGCAUGAUACAAGCAUUUCUGUAUCGUCUUUCUUAGCCUCGUGAUGAAACGUUGGCGACGACUUGGUCAGCUGGUCGUCCUUAAGUUUGUCCAGUUGAAUUGCAGAUUGUGUAUCUGACAACUUAAUCUUUCGUUUCGAUGGCUUUGUUUGCAUCCCCUCGAUAUUGAGAGGAGGGUUUGCUGUGGUAUCUGUAUUGUUUCCUGGCGGGGACGAUUCUUUUGCUUCUGCGAUCGCUACGGGUGGGUUCUUGGUUGUCGUCGGCACAGGAUCCACACCUGGCGCCACAUUUCUACUAACUGGAGAGAAGAACGACGCAAUACUAGCCUGCUUCCUCUUCUGUACACGAGAGGAUGGUCAUUUUGGAGGAGACGUGGGCGAUUCGUACCUCUGGCGUCGUCAUCCUGCAUUCGAGUGAGGUGGUUUUCCC